UUUUUCAGAGGCCUGCCGCCUAUUAAAUUUCCCUCUUUCCCUUUCACUCCCUACACUCCCCCCACCACCACCACCACCACCCCCUCCCCCUCUGCCCCAAAGUCAGCUGGGAGGGAACUUUUGUUCCAACAUAAUUCCCUGCAGGGUUGCCAAGGUUGUUCAAGCUGGAAUUUCUCUCGCCCGUUAAUCCACAGCUCGGUGCAGAAAAUAACAUGGGAAACAACUUUCUCACAUGGAUUCUUUUGCUUUGCACGUUUUGUUCAGUGUCCGGUGAUGGUUGCUCCCUAAUCCUCAAGCCUUCCAGGGUCGUUUUGGGCUUUGGGGAGUCCGUGUCUGUGAGCUGUGAGGCUGCACGGCCAGUCCGCGUACUGGGCUGGGAGUCAGCCAUCAGUGCUUCACACACACAAGAGGAGCGGUCUGUCCAGUGGAAGGUGGACAGUCUCAUUGAUUGGAUAGAGGAGCCCAUCUGCUAUGGGGUGUUUUUCACAGCUCCGAAACAGUGCGAGGAGAAGCUCAACCUCGUCCUCUACAAAACUCCAGACAGCGUCUCCAUCAGACAGGCGAACCACACCGGCCCCAUGGUGGCGGGGAAAGAGUACCAGCUGCUCUGCGAGGUUCAGAAUAUUGCUCCUGUUCAGUAUCUCACUCUGAGGUGGUACAGAGGGCAAUCUGAGGUUUAUAACCACUCCUUCUCUGAUCUCACAUCUUCCUCACCUGUCCAAGUAUCCUCUAUCCUUGUCAUCACGCCAACCAAAACUGAAAAUGGAGUGCAGUAUAGGUGUGUAGCAGAGCUGGAGCUUGGACCGGAGGGACCACAGCCACCUCCCACUGUUUCCUCAGAACCUCUCAAUGCAUCUGUGUAUUUUCCUCCAACAUUCCUGAAUCCUGAACCAGAGAUUUUGGACUUUAUACCGGGUGGUGAGAUCACAUUAAACUGCACUGCAACAGGAAACCCCACCCCAGUAUACAGCUGGCAAUCUUCCGUUCCCAUGCAGGAGAGGGUGGAGAAUGAAGCAACUGUCACCUCCUCCUCACUCCUCCCAGGGGCCUACACCUGCACUGCCUCCAAUACGCUUGAGAAGAAAAGCAAGAAGUUCAUUGUCAAGGCAAUGACCAAAGGCGUUUGAAACCACUAUUCUUGGAAUGGGAUCAAAUGACCACAUCAGAAACACAAGAAGAAUUCCUCUCUUUUUUUUUUACUUUUACUGUUGCUGCUUUGGAGCUGGAGGUGGAUAUUUAUGACGAUCUUGUUAUCACCCAGAAUUAGAUCACACAGAGAAACAGACCUGAAAUUACUGUGUUUGGUAGCUACCAUUUAAUUUGUCAGUGUUAGGAUGUAGUUCACUUUUUAUGCGACAUUCUGUAUCUAAUUUAUAUUUGAAUAGGCUUAUUUUCCCAUUAAUGAAAUUAUCUUGUAACAUUACAGAAGUGUAGCUACUCUUCAUAGCAAUAUCGCUAGCAGCAGGACAUGACUGUAAAUAUGAAGUUUCUUAAUGUUCUUGUCUUUAUCAAUGAGAGUUUAAUAAAUGAACUGUAUUGAA